AGUACUCACGUUGUCCUUUCUAGGUUUCGGUUGUAUUUCUGUGCUUGAACUACCUGCCCCGCUAAUCAUUUUGUUACUAGCCGUAUACGAUCUCCAACCAGGGGAAGACAGACACAACUCUGACAGGGCUGAAACAGGUUGUGUCGAGCCAUGGCAUUCAGUAAAGGUUAUCGUAUUUAUCAUAAGCUGGAUCCACCUCCAUACAGUGUGAUUGUGGAGACCAGAAAUCGAGAGGAAUGCCUGAUGUUCGAGUCUGGAGCCGUUGCUGUACUGUCGGCGGCGGAGAAAGAGACCAUCAAAACAGCGUACACCAAGAUGCUGGAUGCUUAUGGGAUCCUAGGAGUUCUUCGUCUUAACCUUGGUACAGUUAUUUUCCUUGAUGACAAAGUAUCUUCCUUCAUUCAGAUCCGAGGGUCAAUACCCCUGUUCUGGGAGCAGCCGGGAAUUCAGGUCGGAUCUCAUCGUGUUAAGCUGUCUCGUGGUUUUGAAGCAAACGCACCGGCUUUUGAGAGACACUUUAGUGCUCUGAGGAGGCUGUAUGGCAAACAGGUGAUCAUCAACCUGCUGGGUAUGAAGGAGGGUGAACACAUGCUCAGCAAAGCAUUCCAGAGUCACCUGAAAGCUUCAGAGCAUACGAACGCUGUGAGAAUGUUGAACUUUGACUAUCAUCAGAUGGUUAAAGGUGGGAAGACUGACAAGCUCAGCACUGUCCUGAAACCUCAGAUCGGCAAGUUUCUGGAGGACUGUGGUUUCUUCUGCUACUCAGGGGAGGCCGGCAUUCAGAGAUGUCAAACUGGGACCAUUCGUUCCAAUUGUCUAGACUGCUUGGACCGAACAAACAGCGUCCAGGCCUUCAUUGCACUUGAGAUGCUUCCAAAACAGUUGGAAGACAUGGGUCUGACUGAGAAGCCUCAGCUGGUGGCACGCUUUCAGGAGGUUUUCCGCUCCAUGUGGUCCACCAAUGGAGACUCGGUCAGCAAGAUCUACGCAGGCACUGGUGCCCUGGAUGGCAAGGCUAAGGGUGGAAAGCUAAAAGACGGAGCUCGCUCAGUCACCAGAACCAUUCAGAACAACUUCUUUGACAGCUCUAAACAGGAAGCCAUUGACAUCCUGAGACUGGGCAGCACCUUGAACAGUGACCUGGCAGACAAGGCACGAGCCCUCCUCACAACCAGCAGCCUGUACGUCUCUGAGCCCAUUUUACAGUCAGCCUCUCCCAGAGUGCUUCUGGGCAUGUGUCAGAACCACUUCAAGUACACGCGUCCCAAGAAGAUCAGAGUGUGUGUGGGUACAUGGAACGUGAACGGGGGCAAGCAGUUCCGCAGUAUUGCAUUUCGUAACCACACGCUCAAUGACUGGCUCCUGGAUGCCCCUAAGAAGGCCGGCCACCCAGAAUUCCAGGAUGGAAAAUCUAACCCAGUGGACAUCUUUGCUAUUGGCUUUGAGGAAAUGGUAGAGCUGAAUGCUGGAAAUAUCGUCAGCGCAAGCACUACUAAUCAGAAGCUGUGGGCUGCAGAACUGCAGAAGAACAUCUCACGAGAGCACAAAUACGUGCUGCUGGCCUCAGAGCAGCUGGUGGGUGUGUGUCUUUUCGUCUUCAUACGCCCCCAGCACGCACAAUUCAUCAGGGACGUUGCUGUGGACACAGUGAAGACUGGAAUGGGUGGAGCCACUGGUAAUAAAGGGGGUGUGGCUAUUCGCAUGCUCUUCCACACCACCAGCAUCUGCUUUGUGUGCUCUCACUUUGCUGCCGGCCAAUCACAGGUCAAAGAGAGGAACGACGACUACAAUGAAAUUGCACGCAAACUGUCCUUCCCCAUGGGCCGUCUCCUGUACUCCCAUGAUUAUGUAUUCUGGUGUGGAGACUUCAACUACCGAAUAAAUAUUCCUAAUGAAGAGACAAAGGAACUGAUCAGACAGCAGAAUUGGGAUGCACUGAAUGCUGGAGAUCAACUGCUGGAGCAGAAGAAUGCUGGACAGAUUUUUAGGGGCUUUAUUGAAGGGAAGCUGGAUUUUGCCCCCACUUACAAAUAUGACCUGUUUUCGGAGGACUACGACACCAGUGAAAAGUGCCGCACACCAGCCUGGACUGACCGUGUGUUGUGGAAGAGAGGAAAUUGGACUUUUGAUAAAACUGCCAAGUUUCGUAUGAGUUUCCCCUUACAUUUGUUUGUGUGGGCCACAGGUGCUUUAAGGCUAGGAAUCUCUGUUCUUGUACCCUUAACAUUUAUUUCUUGCAGGCCUGUGGUGGCUAUCAUGGAUAUGGACAUACUUGAGGUGGAUCCAGAGGCCAGACAUCAGGUGUAUAAGGAAGUGAUCGCCCUGCAGGGUCCACCAGAUGGCACCAUCCUUGUCUCUCUCUGCACAUCUGGUCCCGAUGACUACUUUGAUGAUGCACUGAUUGACGACCUGUUGGACAAGUUUGCAAAUUUUGGCGAGGUUAUUCUUAUCAGGUUUGUUGAAGAGAAAAUGUGGGUGACAUUUUUGGAGGGAUACUCUGCUCUGGCAGCUCUAUCUUUGAGUGGCUCUACUGUGAAUGGUAAGACCAUAGACAUUCGUCUGAGGAGUCCAGGUUGGAUAAAGAGUCUAGAGGAGGAAAUGAGUGUGGAGAGAAUCUGCGGUAGCAUCCCAACAUCCAUCAGCUCUACCCUGCUGGCAGAAAACUCUGACAUGGGAGAAGAGUAUGACAUGGAAGGUGAUGUGGAUGAGGAGGUUGAGGAUAUUUUACCCCAGCACCUGCAACCUGGAGCAGGCAUGGAUCUGGGCGCUUCCCCUGCCACAUCGCCAUGCACCAGCCCCUGCCCCUCUCCUACCCACGGAGAACCUGCGGCCCCCAUCCGGCCCAGCAGAGCCCCUCCACGCACAGCUGGACCACCACAGGGAGGAUUAAGCCCAGCAUCCAUUAGAAGGGAACUGGCAGGUUCUCCUGUUGAUGGUCAGCCAGCUGGAGCUUCCUCUUCACAGGGACUAGAGCCAAAACGCCCCCCUCCUCCACGCCCCAACGCCCCACCAGCCCGACCUGCACCUCCACAGCGCCCACCACCACCCUCAGGAGGCAGAAGUCCCACACCUGUUAGGAAAGAUUCAGCAGGCUUUGCUGAGCCUCUCAAUCUAGAGUUUGAUCUGAUUGAUUAUGAAGGACAAAAAAGCCCAGCAUUAGCACGUGCAGAUGCAGCUGGUCGAGGUCAAGCCACCGGAUCAGCCGCUGGAGGCGCCUCGCAGCCGAUCCCACCUCGAGCAGGAGUCAUCAGCGUCCCUCCUCAGGCUAGACCUCCUCCUCCUGCUCAUCCUGGGGCCCCCAGACCUAUAGCAGAGGUGCAUCCUGGGGCACCACGACCCUCACCUGAUAAUCACCCCGGAGCACCAAGACCCGUUCCUGAACCCCAAAGCAAACCGUCUGAACUGCCUCUGGGUCCACUGCCAGGUCCCAUGAGGCCUCAGAUGACAUCACCCAUGCAGCCUCAGUCUGUGUCACCAAUGCAGCCUCCAGUCCAAGUCCAACUGCCUCCACCCAUACAAUCCCAGCUCCCUCCACCAAUGCAGCCCACCUUCCCUGCCCCGCUGGUGCCUCAGCCUGCUCCUCAAGCAUCUACUGGAGCCGCUGCCACCCCUCAGCCCGGACUGGCAUCUCCUAAGCCUCCACCCCGGAGCCGGUCCUCUCACGCACUGCCACCCGAGUCUGCUUCUGUUCCUACAUCUCAGGUCAAGGACAUGAAUGGAGUCCAAAGAGAAGCACAAUGGAAACUAGACCCCUUCGACAUGCUUAACACCCAGUCCCUCUUCCAGAACACAUCGUUCUCCGCUUCCCUCCCUCGCUCCUCUUCCUCAUCCACCCCCUCCCCUUCUUCUUCCUCCACAUUACCCAGCUCCCUCUCCCUAUUCUCAGCUCCGGACACCAGCAGCACUCCAUGUCUUCUGCUUCCACCUGUACCCUGCCGCAGCAAAUCCCAGGAGACCCUCCGUUCAUCCCCCAAUCUCGCAGAAGCCCAACCCAGACCCAGCAGCACCAACCCUUUCACCGGCAACCUAUUGUCCUCCCCACGCCGAUCGCUCAUACCCGAUUUCUACACCCAGCAGCAGGCCCAGAAGGCCAGCCCGGGCCUCAGCAGGGCCAUGUCAGCUGUGGUUCACAGUUCAACUCUUCCACCAUCGUUCUCCAGACAUCAAUCCUUAGUUCCUGCUCCAGCAGCGGCCCCAGCCAAACAAAACCAAAAAUGGGUCACAUUCGAUGAUGAUUCAGACUUAAUUUCAGGAAAGGCACCAUCUGCUGGUGGGACCGGCCCGCCGCUUUUACCUGCAGCCUCAUCCCUUCCCUUCCCACAACCUCAGAGCAGCUUCCCCAGCUCAGGCUUUGGCAUGGACAACAACUGGACGUCACUUCCCACUUCCACAUUUCCCACGAUCCCCCCUCCGAUCCCAACCAGGACUAAUACCAGCAUCAAAAACGCCCACAUCCCUUCCAGAAAUGAAUUUACAGAGAGAUGAUACAGCGGAGAAAGUGUAUGUAAAUUACAAAGAAAAUAUUAUUGUGUAUCUAUAAUAUGUGUAUGGUUUGUAUAAAAGUGUGGUGUUGAAAGUUUGUCCAAAAUAGAUCUGGCCGUUUCUUUUAGCCCAACGUAGAUGGGAAACCAAGAGGAAAUCAACACAGUAUGUUAGUAUAUUUUUAGUUUUUAAAAUAAUAGGCAAAAAACCUGUCAUUUGCGUAUUAACCUGCAUAUACACACAUCUGUGUGAAACAUUUUACACUUCAGUGGCCAGAUUUAGUAUAUUACACAUUAGACUGCAGAUCAUUCAGCUUUAAGCUACAUGAUCAGAUGUAAAACAUUUACAAAUAUUUAAUUGUAUAUCUCAUUACGAUUUCAGUUUCAUCCUCUACUUACCCUCAUGUCUAAACACAAAAGAAGAUAUUUUGAAAAUGUAUUUUUUUCCCCCAUACAAUGGAACUCAAUGGGGUCUAAAUAGGUUGUUUUGGACCCCAUUGACUUCCAUUAUAUGGACAAAACCAGUUGAAACAUUCUUCAA